AAUUGCCCUUUUUAGGAGACAUUCGCCAAAUAAUUAUAAUUAGGCCAGCAGCGAAUGCCUGUUGCUCCACUGAUUGAAUUGAAAGAAAAGUGGAUGGGCGGAACUGGAAUUUCAACACCGGGACUAAUAAAGCUCAACCUUGGUAAAUCCUUGAUAGCUUUGACGUUUCUUUUUAAUGUAUCCGUCAGCAAAUGGGGGAAAAUACCAUUUCGUUUGGAGAUAUCUGGAAUGGAGCUAUCUGAUCUCGCAAUUGAACGAAACUGCAUCUCUGGAGGCGAAAUCUCCAAUUCCAUCAGACAUAUCGAAAUGCAGGUCUCCAAAAGCCCUUUCAUCUCCACUGUCAAUGCAGUCACAUCGAGGCAAGAGCUGCGGUGGAUAAUCGAGCCAGUGAUGGCUAGUGAGAGACUGGACCAGAGCAGAGAGUCAACAACAACCGACAAACGAAAUGUACAGCUCAGUCCAGAAGAAGAGGAGAAGAGAAGACGGAGAAGAGAGCGUAACAAAAUGGCUGCUGCCAAAUGCCGCAACCGCAGAAGAGAACUUAUUGACCUUCUGCAGGAGGAGACCGAGCGCCUGCACAUGGAGCAAGUCUUGCUGCAGAGGCAGGUGAGCUUCCUGCAACAGGAGAAGGAACAGCUGAAAAUGCUGCUGGCGUCCCAUGCAUCCACCUGCACGCUGGCACAGGACAAGCCUCCUUCCUUGGAUACCUUUCUGUCAAGAGAGCUUCUACCAUCCAGAAUUUCCAUCGCGAUUAAACGGGAACCUUUGGAUGAUGUUAGCGGGUCAGAGAGUUUGGCGCUCCAAAAUGCAGACAUACAGAACUGACAGAGAAAAGCCAUGACUUACACUAAAUUCAGUGAGGAAGAUGAUGCACUAGCGCUUUUUAAUAAAAUAUCUUUGUAAAUACCUCAUUACCCUUACCUUACGCAAGAGACAUUCUGGAUUCAACAUUCAACUUUUCCUGUGGUAAGAAACCCAUUCCAGAUGGGGAUGAAAUCACUUAUGGUGCUCUGUCAUAAGUUUUUUUUUCCCUUAUUUGUUGAGUGACAUGAUAAUUAGUCUAUUAUACCAUUUGUCUUUGAAAUAGUGAUACUUUGUAACAAUGGCUGUUAAUGUUUGGUAUUUUUAAAUGUGGUAAGUCUGAGUCUAAAUGCACUGACCUUAUACAUUUACCUGAUUUGUCAAAUACAUAGCAAGGGCUUGACAAAAAGAACAUCCUGAUGUUGAACAUAUUGAACAUGGUUGCCAAUCGU